AUGUCAAUCGAUAAUAAUGUUGAAAAAAAUGAGUGUGAUCUUUCGAACAGUCAUAUUAAUAAUGACAACAUUAACCUCUCGGAAAUAUUUAAUUUUCAAUUCGAAAGCAAGGAACAGAUUGAUAAUUUAAAGGAAUCGAAAAAACUUGACAGUGAUGCAUCGAAUCAAAGUCAUGACCAAAUAGAUGAAGUAUCCACCGAAAAAACUUGUGUAUUAAGAAACGAUUACGAUGGGUGGUUUCAUACAUCAAUGCAAACAAAUAAAUUACUCACACAAAAGCUUGGACCAAAUCGAUUAAAGCAAUCAAUAGAAUAUCAUUAUUUUCAUAAAAAUUAUAAAGAAGCAUUAAGAUUAUCUCUUGAGUACACUGACUUUGUUGAAAGUUGCAACGUUAAAGGAAGUAACGAAUUAAAUCCGAACAGAUUGACUAAUACGCGUGAUAUGUUGGAAAUCGCAGCUCGUAGUGCUUUAAAAUUAGGAAAUAUCGAACUUGCAGUAAAAUGUGUUGACAAAUUGGCAGGUUCAUCUAAUGAACCUGGGCACAUGAGUUUUAAAGGAAUGAUUUAUGCUCAAGGGGGACGUUUUUCAGAUUCCAUAAAAUGCUAUAUAAAAUAUCAUCAAAUGCGUAAGAAUGAUUAUAAUACGUGGAAAGAAAUAGGAAACACAUUACUUUCUUAUUAUUUUCAAAAAAUAUUAUCACAAUCGUCUGAUUUUCAGAGUUAUUCACCUAUAAUCGCCAACACGUUUAUCACACAAGUAGCUCUUUUAUCUUUUCACCGAUCUCUUAAAAUAAUGACAAACUCAAAGUGGAAAACUUCUCUUCCUUUUAUAAAUUCACGUUAUACCCGAGAAAAAAACCAAAUAGAAGAGUUGAUAAAACGAUUAGAACAUAUAGAUGCUCAAGAAGCCUUCUCGUUUCUGGAGAAGCACUGCGAAGGUGAAUUAUUUGGGUUUGAUGUGGAUAUUAUUAGAUGGAUAUUAAUGGAAUGUAAGACCAGCGUUAGUGAAGUUUUGGAAAUGGAUAAAGAACGAUCGGUGAAUGAAUUGUAA